AUGAUAUGGAAGUACGAUGGGGAGAAAGAUUCGGUUCUGCAAGUGACAAAGGAAGCAUACAUUAACUGCAACACGACAAACCCAGCAGCUAGUUACAGCAAUGGAGACACUAAGGUGAAGCUAGAGAGCUCUGGACCAUUCUUCUUCAUCAGUGGCUCUAAGAGCAACUGUGUCCAAGGCGAGAAGCUUCACAUUGUUGUCAUGUCAUCUCGUGGUGGCCACCACACUGGUGGCUUUUUCACUGGCUCUGCUCCUUCUCCGGCACCUUCUCCUGCUCUUUUGGGAUCUCAAGCUGUUCCUCCUGCAACUGGUUCUGCUUCUUCUUUUACCAGUCGAAUUUGGGUUUUGGGACUUGUUGGAUUAGCAAUUGUUUUGCUCUGA